AGAAGAUUGAUGACAUGGCGACCGAAGUAAUUUAACCAAAGGUGCUUCUCUUCUGCUCUUGAAUAUGUGUGAGAGAUAGAAAUAGCAAGAUAUUACAGAUGAAGUGGAAGGAAUGAAUGUUUUAUAUACACUUAGUUCAGAAUUAUAAUUGUUUUUCAUAAUGUUGAAUAAACUUGUCAUGACUUUAUUGGUCUUGAAAGUUUAUUAAUGUUUAGUUUUCUUUUUAACCAGCUGAAAAAUACUGCAUAUGAUGACCGAAGCAAGUAAACUGUGAGAUGAUAGAAGUAGUUAAAUCACAUUACAAGUAGAUCCUUGUUUAGUUGAAGUGUCGUAAUCAGAUUACAGUUAUAUCUUGUGUUUGAGUACAGGAGAGGUGUGUUUAGUUGAAGUGUUGUAAUCAGACUACAGAUAUAACUUGUGUUUGGGUACAGGAGAGGUGUGUUUAGUUGAAGUGUUGUAAACAGAUUACAGUUAUAUCUUGUGUUUGGGUAUAGGAGAGGUGUGUUUAGUUGAAGUGUCGUAAUCAGAUUACAGUUAUAUCUUGUGUUUGGGUACAGGAGAGGUGUGUUUAGUUGAAGUGUUGUAAUCAGAUUACAGUUAUAUCUUGUGUUUGGGUAUAGGAGAGGUGUGUUUAGUUGAAGUGUUGUAAUCAGACUACAGUUAUAUCUUGUGUUUGGGUACAGGAGAGGUGUGUUUAGUUGAAGUGUUGUAAUCAGAUUACAGUUAUAUCUUGUGUUUGGGUAUAGGAGAGGUGUGUUUAGUUGAAGUGUUGUAAUAAUUUUUUUGGAAGCCUUAUUUGCUGUUUCAUUUAGGAGUUAUUGUAGUACAAAAUAAGGCUAUUGAUCUCUGUAAAUAUUGAUAUUGGCUUGUGACUUAUGUGUAAAGAAAUACUAAUUCAUUAACCAUGCUUCGAGGGAAGAUUCGUUUUCAUACAUGUAAGGUAGUUUUAGUAACUUCUUUUGUGUGGUUUCUGUUGGGAUUGUGUUUGUUGAUGUACUACACUGAAUGUAUUGGUACUUCAUGUGAAAUUGGCAAUGAAGUUCGAGGAAUAUCACAUGGUGAAGAACAUGCACCAUUUGUCAAAUCAUCUAAUUCACCUGCUGGAGAGUUCAAAAGCUGGACUCAACGUGUUGUACACAAAAAUCCAGCAGACUGGCCAGGAGAAAAUGGAAAAGGAGUGGUCAUACCUAAAGAAGAAGAAAGUUUAAAAAAGGAAAAAUUUAAACUCAACCAAUUUAACUUGCUUGCUAGUGACAAAAUUGCUCUCAAUAGGUCACUACCUGAUUUUAGAAUGGAAAAAUGUAGAAAGAAAGUCUACCCUGAGAAGCUACCUGCAACGAGUAUUGUGAUUGUAUUUCACAAUGAAGCUUGGUCAACUUUACUACGUACCAUUCAUAGCAUCAUUCUCACAUCUCCCAGAGAAUUACUAGAGGAAAUUAUUCUAGUUGAUGACGAAAGUGAGAGAGAUUACCUGAAACAGAAGUUGGAAGAUUAUGUCUCCAAACUAGAGGUUCCUGUUAAAGUUCUUAGAACUGGGAAAAGGUCAGGAUUGAUCAGAGCAAGACUUCAAGGGGCAGCUGAGACCAAAGGUCAAGUUAUCACUUUCCUGGAUGCCCACUGUGAGUGUACUGAAGGCUGGUUAGUCCCUCUGUUGGCUAGAAUUGCUGAAGACAAGAACCGAGUGGUUUGUCCUAUAAUUGAUGUUAUUAGUGAUGAAACGUUUGAGUAUAUCUCAGCGUCAGACAUGACAUGGGGUGGUUUCAACUGGAGGCUCAAUUUUCGCUGGUACAGAGUUCCUCAGCGAGAAGUAGACCGUCGAAAUGGAGACAGAACACUGCCUCUUCGAACUCCAACAAUGGCUGGAGGACUGUUUUCCAUAGACAGAGACUAUUUUGAAUAUCUAGGAAAGUAUGAUGAAGGAAUGGAUAUCUGGGGAGGUGAAAACCUAGAGCUGUCCUUCAGGGUAUGUUAUA